CCGCUCGUCAUUUAACAGUAUCUCUUCUCAUUUGCAUAUGAACACCGACUUCCGGUAGAAUUCUUCGGAAGCAUGGCUGCCAUCGGGGUGCACUUUGGAUACACAUGUGCCUGUGUUGCCGUAUUUAAGGACGGGCGAGCAGAUGUUGUGGCAAAUGAUGCAGGGGACAGAGUCACUCCAGCUGUGGUCGCCUACAGAGACACUGAACAGAUAGUGGGAAUCGCCGCUAAGCAGGGCAGAAUACGAAAUGCCACCAAUACAGUUGUCAAAGUGAAGCAGAUCCUGGGCAGAUGCUAUGAUGACCCAGAUGCUCAGGCACACAGAGAAGAAAGUAAAUGCAUUGUUGUCAACAAGAGUGACCUGCCCAGGUAUGAAAUCGACACGGGAGAAACAACCAAGUAUUUGUCGCCUGAAGAUGUAGCUAAAUUGAUCUUCCAUAAGAUGAAAGAGACGGCCCAGUCAGCCUUGGGUUCGGAUGUGAAAGAUGCUGUCAUAACAGUGCCGUUUGAGUUCGGGGAGAUGCAGAAGAAUGCGCUCAGGCAAGCUGCAGAAAAUGCCGGGUUCGAUGUGCUGAGACUGAUCCACGAACCCUCUGCUGCCCUUCUAGCUUAUGGAAUCGGGCAGGACUCACCAUUGGGAAAAAGUCAUGUGCUAGUGUAUAAACUCGGAGGCACGUCGCUCAGCGUCACUGUCCUGGAGGUGAACAGCGGAAUGUACCGGGUCCUCGCCACUCAGACGGAUCACAGGACGGGGGGAGAGAGCUUCACACAUGAGCUCGCACAGCACCUCGCUGCAGAGUUCAAAAAGACCUUUAAGCUGGAUGUGACUGGUAACCCCAGGGCGAUGUUAAAGCUCAUGAAUAGUGCUGAUGUGGCCAAGCACACGCUCUCCACCCUGGGUAGUGCAAACUGCUUUGUGGACUCACUCUACGACGGCAUGGAUUUUGAGUGCAAUGUGUCAAGAGCCCGUUUCGAGCUAAUAUGCUCCAGCCUCUUUAAUAAGAGCAUUCAGCCAAUUAAAGGUCUUCUUGAGCAAGUUAACCUGUCCACCUCUGAUAUCAACAAGGUGGUUUUAUGCGGAGGUUCAGCUCGGAUCCCGAAGUUGCAACAGAUGAUCAGGGAUUUGUUCCCAGACGUGGAGCUGCUGAACUCCAUUCCACCGGAUGAGGUGAUUCCGGUCGGCGCUGCCGUGCAGGCGGGCAUCCUGGUCGGAAAAGACAGCCUGGCACUUGGAGAAGAUUCCAUCACCGUGGACUGCUGUGCCAGCGACAUCACUGCUAAGGAAGUGGAUGACUCUGGAGCGGAGGUUUUCACAGUUUUGUUUCCAUCUGGCACACCUCUCCCUGCCCGCCGCCAGCACACGCUACAAGGUCCUGGCAGUCUGUCAUCAGUGAGUCUGGAGCUGUACCAGGCACAUCAACCAAUCGCACAGAUUGUACUUAGAGACUUGGAACCUAAAGACGAGCUGCAUGACAUUGUCACAGUGCUGACAAUGAAGAGGGACGGUUCACUGCACGUUACAUGCACAGAGCAGAGCAGCGGCAGAUCCGAGGCUGUUACCAUACAAACGGCUGCUGCAGCAUCUUAACCUUGAGUCACACUAUCAGCGGAAUUCCAUACAGUAA